GCAAACAAUUCGUGCACGUGGGUUUCGGCGGUUGUUCAUAAAAAUAUUGUAUAAUUAAUUAUUAAACGAUAAUGACGAAAGUCAGGAAAGUUAAGCGCAGGAAGAAGUUCCGCGUGAAUGUGAAUCGAAAGAGGUUAAGAAAUAAGCUUCAAAAACUGCCGAACAUUACAUGCGAGGAGAUAAAAAACGAGUGGAAACAGAAAGUGUCGACUCGGAGCAAUUUAAGUGAAAUGGGGCUGGCUUAUGACCCUAACGAGGUGUUACAAAUUCCAAAUACUAAACGUGACUUUUUGGAAGGCAGUCGUAAACUAUCGGACCAUGAAAAUAACUCCGUUGAAGAAUUGGAGGAAUGUCUGCCUUUGAAAGUUCACGUUGCUCAGAAUUUAGAAGCGGAUGCCAAAGCUCCUCGAGAAAGGAUGUUUAGGUUACCCAAGAGUGAAGUGCACUUCGUUACGUAUUUAAUGGAUAAAUAUAAAGACGAUUAUAAGGCAAUGGUAAGGGAUGAAAAGAAUUAUUAUCAAAUGACCUGGCGGCAGAUACGAGCGAAGAUUAAUAAGUUCAAGAGUAUUCCUGAGCAGUAUGCGGAAUAUCUUCUGAAAACCGGAGAAAUAGUGCUCGAAAGUCCUGAAUCACUGGAAGAAACCAAGAAGAAGAUCGCAGAGGAAAAUAAGGAGAAGUAUUGCGCUAAAAAGAAGAAGUCGAUUGUUCAGGAAUCGCUGUGGAAGGAAGAAAGUAUAAACAGAGACGAUGAAAAAGAAGGAACAGAAAUGGACUGCACCGAUACCGAGGAUCUAGUUCACGAAGUUGGCCAGCCAAUGGAAGGCUCCAAGAAAAAGAUGCAACUGUUCUCAGAUGACGAAAGCAACGAAAGCGAUGGGAUGGAAUUAAAUGAGAUCGGAAACAGUAGUUCAAGAAAGUCAAAGUCUAAAAAGCGCAAGAAAAAGAAAUAGCAAUUAAGGAGGUGGCGUUGCAUUCGUAUCUAAACAACAUUCGAAAGGAAAUAUCAAAAGUGUAGAAAUUUCUACCACUGUGCUAUGCAGUUACUCCAAAGUGAUAUGCAUAAACUUUGAGACAUUUCGUUCCUUGCUUUGUUAUUCUUUUGACAACUAUAGUUUAAAGUCGUGCUAUUAGUUGCGACAAUUACCGAAAGACAAUAAUUAACAGUAUAGGUAACAUUUGCUGCAUUCGAGUUACACAUCUAUAAUAAAGAAUGACAUUGAA